UGUACACUUGGCCUCAGUCCAGUUGAUCCCACAAUUUCAGCGGCUAUCGCUUCCGCACUCGCUGCGGCUUUCUACGAAACCCCUAUAUUCACGUGGGGUCUGAGUACUUCAUCUGCUCUGGACAGUAGAGACAGGUUUCCUACUACUGGCGUUCUGUCCGUCAAUUCUCUAAGCCUUGGAAUAGCAAUUCGUUUUGUAUUGGCGUCGUUUGCAUGGACUCGAUUCGCAUUUGUCUACUCAAAUCUUGGCGACACAGAAAAAUGCGAUGUAAUGAAGGACGACAUCCAGGACUUUCAGACCGCUAUUGCCAUGACAGACGAAGUUACAAUCACUUCUCUCUACCAGAUGCAAGAUGUCUCACCGAGUACGGUGAUUCGGACACUGGGAAAUGUCAGCACACGAGCGAGAAGUAAGUGA